UUUUGUAUGCCAAAAAAGAUAUGUGCCUACAUGCAUCACCUUGUAACGCUGCUAUAACUCUGGCAUCAUAUGUGAAUCCAUCAGUUACUCAGAAUCAAUGUUCUCUUGGUACCAGAUUCACAAUUCCGGUUACACCAACUGCUCCAUCUACGCUUUAUUCUUCACUAUUUAACACAUCAUCGACAUUCCAACAACAACAACAACUCCUGCAACAAUCCCAAAAUCUCAGUCCAAUUAGUAGCAAUCAAAAUCCGGAAACAUUAAAUAUUUUUUCUGAACUAAAUGCUAUAAAGGAACCAAUAUUAAAUGUUAAUGCUACCUGUUAUCCUUUAUUACCAUCAUUGGAAAGUUUAUUACCAUUAACAUUACUUCAAUUAGAUCAACAUAUUUCUAAGUCAAUGUUUACUCCUCAAACAUCACCUGCAUCAACCAUUUCUACAUUAACCUCUAAUCAUAAGAUAACAGAAAUUAAAGGUUUUCAACAACCAACAGAAUGGAUAACUCCUAUCAGACAUCCUUUAACUACAACAAAUUUUCAUAGACAAUUUUUAAUCAAUGAAAAUAAUUCCGAUAAUAAUUCAAUGGGAACAGAUAUGAAACGAUCAUCAGAUUUCUCCAUUAAUCGUUUGCUUCGAAAACAUUGCAGUGGAUCUACUCUAAAUAAACGUUGCGAUAUUUCUACAUCUAAUCGUCAUCAACAUGAUGAAAGAACUGGUAAAGGUCGUAAACAACGAACUAUUUAUGGUGUUUCACAAACUAAAAUUCUGGAGAAAGCCUUUGAGGAGCAACAGUAUAUGGUUGGAACAGAGCGCGAAAUGCUCGCCGAACGACUUGGAUUAUCAGAAGCGCAAGUUCGGGUAUGGUUUCAAAAUAGACGUAGCAAAUGGCGUAAACAACUACGAGCCAAUAUUUAUGUCUAGUGGAUUGAUUUAGGAGUGUGAUUUACCAAAACUUU